AGAGAAACAGUAAGAGGGAGGAGUGUGAAUGUGGGAGGAGAAAGAGUGAGAGAGGAAGAGAAAAGCUUCGUCCCGCUGUCAGAAAGUGGAAAGACUUCUGAGAUUGCGUACAGUAGAGUGAUGGCUGAGUGUGUGAGAGCGCGCAGUGUGUCGGGGAAUCCUGAGGGGCCGUACCGGGCGGUGCAGUGUCUGGAUGGUCUGGUGCAGCAGGAGUUUGAGGGAAUGGACACGCUGGAUAAACUGUUCCGUUACGCAGUGGGAAAAUUCACACACUCGCCCUGUAUAGGGAGCAGGGAGGUCCUCUCACUGGAGAAUGAGACGCAGCCCAACGGCAAAGUCUUCCAGAAGCUGGUCCUGGGUCAGUAUAAGUGGAAGUCAUAUAAGGAAGUGGAUCAUCUAGUGAACCUCCUGGGCAGUGGCCUGUCUGCUUUGGGUCAGAAGUCACGCAGCUGCAUCGCCAUCUUCUGUGAGACAAGAGAGGAGUGGAUGAUCACAGCACAGGCCUGCUUCAGAUUCAACUACCCCUUGGUGACACUCUAUGCUACACUAGGUGAAGAUGCAGUGGCAUUUGGGCUGAGUCAAUGUGGAGCCACACACCUCGUCACUAGCAAGGAACUGCUAGAAACCAAGCUGAAGGCGGUGUUGCCAGAUGUUGUGGGUCUGAAGCAUGUGAUCUAUGCGGGCAGUGGAAGUGUAUCUGUGGAAAAUUACCCACAAUCCCUCAGCAUCCACAGCUUACAGGAAGUGAUGGAUCUCGGAGACAAACCUGAGAACUUGAGUGUGCAGUGUGAUGCUCCCUCUCCGUCUGAUCUUGCUGUAGUGAUGUACACUAGCGGCUCCACGGGUCGUCCUAAAGGAGUGAUGAUGCACCACAGUAACCUCAUCGCAGGAAUGGCUGGCCAAUGCCAGAGAAUUCCGGAUCUCGGGCCUGAAGACUCAUAUGUUGGUUAUCUUCCAUUGGCUCAUGUACUGGAGCUGACAGCCGAAAUAUCCUGUCUGAGUCACGGCUGCCGGAUCGGAUACUCGUCACCACUCACACUCUCAGACCAGUCCAGUAAGAUAAAGCAAGGCUGUAAGGGAGACUGCACCGUGCUCAAGCCCACACUGAUCGCUGCUGUCCCAGAGAUUAUGGACCGUAUCUAUAAGAAUGUGAUGAGUAAGGUAGCACAGAUGAACACACUUCAGAGGAUGCUGUUCAAUAUGGCCUACAAAUACAAAGUGCAGCAGCUGGAACAUGGAGCAGAUACACGCAUAUUUAAUAUGAUGGUGUUUAAGCGUGUAUCCAUGUUGCUGGGGGGGUGUGUGAGGUUGAUGCUCUGUGGUGGAGCUCCUCUCUCUCCUGACACACACCGCUUCAUUAAAGUAUGUUUCUGCCCCAUUGGCAUCGGUUACGGCCUCACAGAGACCUGCGGGGCGGCAACCAUCUCUGAGUUCUCUGAUUAUACCACAGGACGUGUCGGGGCACCUCUCAUCUGCUCUGAAGUCAAGCUACGAGACUGGCCUGAGGGAAGAUACACCAGUCAGGACAAGCCCCACCCCCGAGGUGAGAUUCUGCUAGGUGGGCCAAACGUUGCCAUGGGUUACUACGGGAGUGAGGUUGAGGGGCACAGUGGGGAAUUUUGGGUAGACGAGGCAGGGCAGCGCUGGUUCUGUACCGGUGACAUAGGGGAGGUGCAUCCUGACGGCUGCCUGCAGAUUGUCGACCGUAAGAAGGACUUGGUGAAGCUACAGGCAGGUGAAUAUGUGUCUCUGGCAAGGGUGGAGGGGGCACUGAAGAACUGUCCGCUAAUUGACAACAUCUGCGUCUAUGCUGACAGCAAUCAGAACUACGUCAUCAGCUUUGUGGUGCCCAAUCAGAAGCAGCUGACUGAACUGGCCAAUAGGAAUGGUAUUGAGGGCAAGUGGGAAGAGAUCUGUGAUCAUGCCACACUGGAACAGGAAGUCCUAAAAGCUAUUAAAGAGGUUGCAACAACAAAUAAGCUGCAGAGGUUUGAGGUUCCCAUGAAGGUGCGUCUCAGUUCUCAGGCCUGGACUCCGGAGACAGGACUCGUUACUGAUGCCUUUAAGCUGAAGAGAAAAGAUUUACAGACACACUACCAACAUGACAUUGAGAGGAUGUACGGAGCCAAAUAACACACACAAGCACACACGCACACAAACACACACACACAGGAUAUAAGUACUUGUAAGAAGAGAUGAUGUGCUGCCCCCUGGUGGAUCCAUAAACAUAAACCACCAUAUUGAGAAGUACUCCGUGUUUAUCAACACAAACAAGGAGAAUUUAUGAUUUUAUACAAAUUUUCAAACAAUAAACAUAUCUAAUGAAGAAAAGUCACAAUACAUUUGAUUCUGUUAGUUAUCAUUUUUAAUAAAGUACCGAGUGAGGGACUCUGUACUCGGGACUUAGUACUCAGUAGAGUGCACAGUGUCUGUAGCACAAAUAUCAACAUGAUAGUUUACUAUUCCUCUGAGUGGCAUUUCUGACAUUUAGCAGAGACUUCUAUUUUCCUAAAUGCUUAUAUUUAUAUAAAGACAGCAGUGUGUGUGCAUGUGUGGGUGUGUGUGUUUGUGUCUGAGUGGGUGUGUGGGUUGGGUGGUUGUGUGAGUGUGAGUGAGAAACUAGUUGUUCUGGACCAACUGGAAAUACCAGGUGUGAAAUAAUGGAGGUUCAUCUGCUUUAAACUGUGUUAAUAAAUUCAACUCAAAAGUACAACAUGACAAUGAGGUUUAAAGAUGAGUUUAAAUGGUUAAAUACAAUUAUUUGUGUCUCUUCACAGUUUUAUAUGUCUUUGUCCAUUUUCUGUCAGUGUGCAAAUCUUACCGAGCUCAGUUAGCCUGUUAGCCAUAAUUUCACAGGGUUGCAGUUUUAUAGACAGAGAGUGUUUUUAAUGGAUCAUAUGUUUAUUUUGAUAAAGAUUACAUUUCUUCUGAUUUCUGAACUGGGUCUUAUUUCAAUUCACCUUGUUUUAAAAAGCACUUUUGUUAAACAGUGAUUUUUAUAAAUAAUAAAGACCAAUGACUUUGAUACAAA